AUCAAAUCAAAAGUCAAAUCAAAACAAACUUCAUUCAAAAAUUGAUAAAGAAUUCGGGAGCUGGGGAGUGUCUGAUAAAAUUGUUUAUCUUUUUAUCAAUUAAACAAUGAAUAAAACCGAUUAAUUUUUACAUUUUGGUGAUAGUGAACGAUCUGAUACCGGCACAAUGGGUCAACGAGUUUCCCGAACCGAUUUUGAGUGGUGCUACACAGAAGAGCCCCAUGCAAGCCGAAGAAAACUAAUUCUAGAAAAAUAUCCGCAAAUUAAAAAACUCUUCGGCCAUGAUCCAAAUUUCAAAUGGGUAGUCACUGGUAUGGUAUUCACACAAUUUUUUCUCAUGUACAUAUUAAGGGACAGAUCGUGGCCAGUAUUGUUACUAGUUGCUUAUUGUUUGGGCGGAGUAAUAAAUCACUCUUUAAUGUUGGCAAUUCACGAAAUAUCGCACAAUGUGGCUUUCGGAUAUGCCAGGCCGAUGCACAAUAGACUAUUUGGGUUUUUUGCUAAUUUACCUAUCGGAAUACCGAUCUCGAUUAGUUUUAAAAAAUAUCACUUGGAACAUCACAGGUACCAAGGUGACGAACAAAAAGACACAGAUAUACCGACUGCUUUAGAAGCGAAAUUAUUCUGUACAACCUUUGGUAAAUUUAUUUGGGUAAUGCUACAGCCAUUCUUUUAUUCGUUUAGGCCCCUGGUAACAUACCCUAAACCUUUGACGAAUUUGGAACUUAUAAAUACAGCAAUUCAGGUGGCUUUUGAUGCUAUAGUUGUGUAUUUAUUUGGUUGGAGAAUGCUUGGAUACCUAAUCUAUGGUUCCAUAAUGGCUAUGGGUCUACAUCCAGUGGCGGGUCACUUUAUUUCGGAGCAUUACAUGUUCAAAAAAGGCUAUGAAACCUACAGUUAUUACGGCCCACUGAAUUUUAUAACUUUCAACGUAGGUUAUCAUAAUGAGCAUCAUGAUUUUCCGGCCGUGCCUGGGUCUUUACUUCCAGAGGUUAAAAGAAUCGCUCCAGAAUUCUAUGACAAUCUACCCCAACACCAGAGCUGGUCUCAGGUACUCUACGAUUUCGUGAUGGAUCCAGAUGUUGGGCCUUAUGCUAGAAUUAAAAGGAAGAAGAGAGGAUUCGAAAGCGAAUAAUUCGAAAGACAUAAUAAUAAUUUAUUUAUUAUUUAAUUCGAAAACAGAAAUUUUGGCUUUACAUUUACACAAAUUGUAUGCAUAUUUUUUAUAAUGUUAGAGUCUUAAGGCUUGUGAAUAUUUAUGCUGUUUUGAAACUCAUUUAUCAGAAAAUAAAUUCCAGUGAAUAAUUCGAAAGACAUAAUAAUAAUUUAUUUAUUAUUUAAUUCGAAAACAGAAAUUUUGGCUUUAUAUUUACAAAAAUUGUAUGUAUAUUUUUUAUAAUGUUAGAGUCCUAAGGCUUGUGAAUAUUUAUGCUGUUUUGAAACUCAUUUAUCAGAAAAUAAAUUUCAGUGAAUAGUGUGUGUGAUAAAUUCUGCUUUUUCAAGAAGGGCUUAUGUUGCUUUAAAGUGUAAUAGAGUCACUAUUGCGAUGUGCUGUAAUUGGUUGAACUCUAGCUAUAUUUGAAAAAAUGACAUAAUUAUGAUCUACAGCCAAUCACAGCCAAUUACUCGAGUAAAUCUUUAAGACACAAGAAAACGAAUAAUUAACUAUACUUUUAGUUAUUUUUCCUCUUACUAUAUAUAUACGUAACGUUUCUUUUAUAAUAAUUGUAAUAUAUUUUAAACUUAAGAUUAAACGAACAAAUGUAAAAUUUUUGCUAGGAUUAUUUAUUAUUAAAAUAUGUACUCGUAAUUUUUAAUUGUCAUUUUUCCUUCAAAUACCAAAAACUCCGCUUUAUACCUCUUCAUAUUGUGUAUUUAUUGUU